AUGAACACAAGUAGCUUCAACAUGAGCUUCUUGAAAUUGUUUCGGGCUGCCCGACUCAUUAAACUUCUUCGGCAGGGAUACACAAUCCGCAUUUUACUAUGGACUUUUGUCCAGUCCUUUAAGGCACUCCCUUAUGUCUGCCUCCUGAUUGCUAUGUUAUUCUUCAUCUAUGCCAUUAUAGGCAUGCAGGUGUUUGGUAACAUUCGUCUUGAAGAGGACAGCCAUAUUAAUAGACACAACAACUUCAGAAGUUUCUUCAGUUCCCUCAUGCUGCUGUUCAGGAGUGCCACUGGGGAGGCUUGGCAGGAGAUCAUGCUUUCUUGUCUGGGAGAUAAAGGGUGUGAACCGGACACUAGUGCCCCGGGUGGACAUAAUGAAAAUGAGCGCUGUGGAACUGACCUAGCUUAUGUUUAUUUUGUCUCCUUCAUUUUCUUCUGUUCCUUUCUGGUGAGUUUGACUUUCAAUACUUUGACUGCAACAAAUGUUUGUCAUUUAUAUACUGAAAAACCCGUUGGUGCUCAGCUUGCAACCAGAAGGCCACAUGCAGCUCGGUGCUUAUGGUCCUUGGAUCCUAGCAGACAGAAGCAAGGACAUUGA